AUGGGACUUUGUUCAUCUAUGCAUCAUGGAACUGAUUUAUCAGCAUCUCUAAGACUAAAAGCUGUUCAAAUAUUCUAAAAAAUUGAUAAAGAGAAUAAAGGAGUUAUUGACAAGAAAACAACUCAAUAGUUUUGGUAGUCUAACUUUGCUAAAAUCAAUACAGAUGCUCUAUUCAAAGCCGUCGAUUUCGAUAAUUCUGGGGAUAUCACGAUUUAAGAGUGGUUGACUUUUUGGAAAAUCGUCAAGAAAACUGGAUAUACUGAAUAAGAAAUUAAUGAAGAACUGGAUGAAUUGAUGCAAGGAAAAGCUUGGGUUUAAUUUAGAGUUGUAGAUCAAUUUAUUUAAGUUGAUAAAAAUAGAAGAAGAUCUCAAAUUCCUCAAAUAGUUAUGGAAGAAUAAUUGCUGACUCUGAGAAAAACUAAGACAGCUGAAAUCAAAUGACAAUAUAUUGUAUUCAAAUUUGUACUAAUACGUAUUUC